AUUUGUGUGUGGGCCUCCGUAGGCAAGGACGCCUCCCAGUCCUCGGAGCUGUGGAGGUACACGAUGCACGGGAACGUCUGGAAACGCCUCCCGGACCCUACGGUCCACCGGGACGGCUGUGCAGGCGUGUGCUCCACCGACGGCUGUCUGUACCUGAUCGGGGACAGUCUGACGGUGGAUGAUGUCAAACACGGAGAGAGGUACGACCCAAACACAAACCGGUGGGAGCUAAUCCCGCCAGCCGCUAAAACUCUCCGGAAAUCCAGCGUGGUGGUUUGCAUGGGGAAGAUCUACGUCUUCGGUUACCAUGGAGACGACAGUGACGUCAUAGAGGUCCAGGCGUUCGACCCGAAAUCCGAUCAGUGGGAGGUGGUGAAUGCUGCGGAGCACGUGGGCAGGAACAGGCAGUUUCAGGCGGCUGCGAUGGACAACCUGAUCUACCUGAACUCCAUGGCGACGAAACAGAAGGACGUGUACGACCCGGAGUGGGACAUGUGGCACACGCUACCCAGGGGUGAUGGAGAACACAUACAGGGCACGAUCGUGAUGUUUGAUGGCUGUCUGUACGAGAUGGGCGGGAGGGACGGCAUCGGGGUGAAGUACGUCAACCCCACCAUCGAGCGGUUCGACCCAAACCGGACCAUCUGGACCCAGAUCGGUCUCAUGAAGAACCCACGGAUCCACCCGCUAUGCGUCACUCUGAAGAUGCCGAGUGGCAAGUAAAGAGAGUGAUCGCGAACCAG